AUGGAGACAGACUUUGGCUCGAAUAAGCCUGUACGAGUUGCACUUCAUCCUUUAUCAAGUAAGCGACUUGCAAUUGGAUUCAUAGAUGGUUCUAUCAGAUUCUUCAACUUCGAUUUACUGGAAGCGAAAAUUGAGAUCUUAGCCUCGAGAAAACUAAAAAGAGCUGUACGAGAGCUUUCCUUCUCCAAUGAUGGCGAGCAGUUGUUUGCGGUUUGUGAAAAUCGAGCACUAUGUGUUUAUAAUGUUGAGGCAAAUAAGAGGAUACGAUGCAUUCAGAAAAGCCAUGAGCAUAAGAUUAACGCACUGUUUGUUUUGCCAGAUGCGUCAAUGAAACAUCAACAAGUUGUGACAGGCGAUGAAUUUGGUGAAAUAAAGUUGUGGGAUUUACGGGUGAAGAAACCACUGGUUAGCUGUUUUAAUGAACAGGAAGAUGUUAUAAAUGAUUUUGGCGUUGCUGGAAAUGCAUUGUUAGCAGUUAGUUCUGAUGGAACUCUAGGAGCAUAUGAUUCCCGAAGACAGAAGUUACUGGUUAGGUCGGAACCGAUGCAUAGUGAACUUUUGUGUUUGGCUGUCACGCAUAAGUAUUGUUACGUUGGAAGCGGUGACGGCUAUUUGGAAGUUUUUAAGACAAAAGAAUAUGGUAAUCUCUUGCAAAGGAUUAAAACAGAUCAUCCACUAGGAGUCGACUCUGUGCAGCUUCUUAGAUACGGUGUUUUAUUAACUGGUUCAAAUGAAGAUGAUCAGCUAAGGAUAACUUAUUCGGAUCCAAAUAAAAAUAUGGGUAGUGUUGGUUUACAUGUCGGUGGAGUGCAACAGUUAUCGAUUACCUGUGAUCGAGAAUAUUUUGUAAGUGUGGGUUGGUUGGAAUCAACUGUUAAAUUCUGGUGUUUACCGGAGCUACUGGAUGAGAUACCAGUAUUACACUCGGACGAUAUUCCAUCUAAGAAGGUGCCAAAAUCAUCACAUUUUUUCAACGACCUCAUUAAUGAUGUGUGACUUUUCAUGUGUACUUAUAUUGCAUUUAUUAUUUUCAUACAAUA